AAUUUCUUUGUAUUCUGCAGCUCAAAAAUAUCAUGGCUGAGGUAAGAUUAAAAGUUUGAACAUGCUCACAAAAGCAACAAAGUGAACAGUUGUUAGUAUCUAGCUGGAAAAUUCUACUUCCUUGUGAAAACCUAUCAUCCAUUAAAGACAACUUUAUCCUUAAAUUAAAUCCAGCAAGUAACUAUUAAAUGGUUUUCACGAACUAGGCUUUUUUUUUUGUAGAUGGGCUGUGACAGUAGCAAAGCAGAGUUUUUCUGGCAAAUAUCUUACUGCAUUAAGACUUUAAUUAUUUCUACACUAAAGAAAACAAGGUGGAAAAAGAUCAACUGAAAGUACUCUUUUAGGAAUUCUAAUUUGGAAGGAGACAAAAAGAUUUCCUUUUAUUGUAGGAUGUAUACCAAAUACAGAGGAUGUUAAGUGGGAUGUUAAUUCUUGACAUAUCUUUCCAAAGUAAAUUUGUUAUUCUAGGUGCUUUGGGAAAGAGAGUUGGUUCUGGAGCAUCUCAUGUGUCAUAAAGUGGUGUCCUUUGGUUUCUAAUGGGUACACCCUACAACAUGGAGUGCCUUUAAAUUCUUCUUUACAUGCACUCAGAUAGACUUGGAUUAUAAUCUGCUCAUAGCUGACAGCAGAAGCCCAUGGGAAUUUAGGAUGGUGUUUUGUUCCCCAUCCGUAGCAAAACUUUUGGCUUAGAGAUGUAUGUAGGCUCUCGUGCAGUGCUCCUCCUUUCUAAGUCAUUCUAAACCAUUUGGUAGUUAGAACUAACCAGUGAUAAGCCUUGGAUCUUAUAAAAUGAUGCUUGAUUCUCUAGGGUCAUACAUUAUACUUGAUUUAUGCUAGCUUUCCAGACAUGCCAAAUGGCAUGGCAGGUAUUGGAUUUUCCUCUCGCUGGUGAUGGCCAUGCUGUUUCUGUGGAGCCCAGAGGUCAACCCAAAGUGUUGAGUAUAUUCGUAGAAAUGAGUGUACAGCGUGUCCUUCCUGCACCUGGGCACUUCACUUUGUCAGCAAAAAACGCUAACACACUUUACUAUAUAUUUGUGCUUCUUGACAGAUAAGAUGGGAAUUACUAAGCUGUAAUCAGGCCUAAAGUGGCCUGAUUUAAUACAGAGACUUUCUCACUUCUCCAUCACAAUUAUUUGGGUAGCUUCGGCGUGCGCAUUCUUUGCAGUUCCUGACCCCUUAAUGCCUGACCCUUCCAAGCAACCAAAGAACCAGCUUAAUCCUAUUGGUUCAUUGCAGGAAUUGGCUAUUCAUCAUGGCUGGAGACUUCCUGAAUAUACCCUUUCCCAGGAGGGAGGACCUGCUCAUAAGAGAGAGUAUACCACAAUUUGCAGGCUAGAGUCAUUUAUGGAAACUGGAAAGGGGGCCUCAAAAAAGCAAGCCAAGAGAAAUGCUGCUGAGAAAUUUCUUGCCAAAUUCAGUAAUAUUUCUCCAGAGAACCACAUUUCUUUAACAAAUGUAGUAGGACAUUCUCUAGGAUGUACUUGGCAUUCCUUGAGGAAUUCUCCUGGUGAAAAGAUCAACUUACUGAAAAGAAGCCUCCUCAGUAUUCCCAAUACAGAUUACAUCCAGCUGCUUAGUGAAAUCGCCAAGGAACAAGGUUUUAAUAUAACAUAUUUGGAUAUAGAAGAACUGAGUGCCAACGGACAGUAUCAAUGUCUCGCGGAGCUGUCCACCAGUCCCAUCACAGUCUGUCAUGGCUCUGGGAUCUCCUGCGGCAAUGCACAGAGUGAUGCAGCUCACAAUGCUCUGCAGUACUUAAAGAUAAUUGCAGAAAGAAAGUAAACUGGGAACAACUUAGAAAACCCUGCAGUGGCACAUAAAAAGUGCCCCUUUGGCCCCUUCCCAAGUAAAACUUUACUACAAUGUUUGAGUUUGUGUGUUGUUUCUAAAUCUCUUCAUAGAUUCCAUCAACACUCCAGAUUUAAUUAUCUCCUGGUAGUUGUUAUUAAGCUCUUUUUAAUGGCUUCAACUUUGUAUUGGUAUAUUGUAUUUAUAAACUUUGUACCAUAGGCAGAGUGUAGCACCCAUUUUACAACGCCGUGUACAUAGAAGGAAGAACCUGCAUGUUUGUUGAUGAUGAUGAUGAUGAUGAUGAUGAUGAAAUAAAACUGCUGCAAGCAACAGUCUUUCUUACUGCUGCUUAACCUCUUCUCUGCGCGAGGCUUUGUAAAGGGAAUUCAAAGGAAGCCCCUUAGAAUUAGAGUGUUGAGGAACGCACUAACAGGCUUUUAUUGAAUGUGAUUGUUAAAUUUCAGGGAACAUGAUUGGUCUGCUGUGUAUUUCAAUCCAUGUAAUAAAGAGCUGUUGUUAUAA